CUCACCUGAGCAUGCGGUAGGGAAGGAAAAGCGGAGGCACGCGCAAGCCAUCAUGGUCCUGAGGCUCCUUUGUGUGUUGUGUUGCAUCGUGCUGCUGCCACGAUGGUCAGAGGCGAAGUCGCUGCUUGACACCGUCAAACCAGAAGACUCGACUUCUGUGAGUAUAGAUGCGGAUCAGGCUAAUGGUUUUCUCUCACGCUCUCGGAGGAAUGUGGACCCACGCUGGCACAGGCACUAUCCUGACUUCCAGUCCUACUAUCGCUACUACAGCAGCAUCGGUCACACAGAGGGGCUGUAUGAGAUCGACCGGAUCCGAAUGCUGUAUCAGCAGAUGAGACACCUGGAGCAGGUGCAUGGUCCUGAUGCUGCAACCUUCCAGAACAAGCUGGGGGUGCCGAUGCUGCCCAGAUGUGACCCGUCCAAAGACAAACACUGCAAGCUGCCCCCUCCUCCCGCCUCUGUAAAAGGCCCUGCUCCUCCUCCUGUCCCUAAGCAAACCCCUGCCCCACCCCCUGCUGUAAAAGGCCCCGCCCCUUUGGUCCCCUCCCAGGCUGAUGUUAUUUACCUGUGUAAUGCCAAAGAUCCUCUAUGCAAGCCUCAUAUCGUGUACCUGCCCACAGGGGCAAUACCUGUGCUCUGUGACCCCAGGUACCAUCCCAGCUGUAAGCUCCAAGGCCCACCACCUCCUCCUCCUGUCUCAGUUAAAGGCCCCGCCCCUGCACCACCUCCCGCACCUGUAAUCCAUAAAAGAAUGGAGUAUGAUUGUGAUCCCUACUGGGACCCCGACUGUCUUAUCGACAACCCUCCCCGCCCCAUGAAGGGUAAAUCUCUGCCCCCUCCACCAGAGCCUGAGCCUGAAGAGGAAGAAGAGGAGGACGAGACACCAGCGCCUCCUGCUCCCAUCGCUAAGAAACCCGUCUACCCAUACUACGGUUCUCCGUAUCCAUAUGAUGUCCACUCAGAGCUGUACAAUGCUGCUCGCUAUUCUUACCCUUCCCCCAACAUCAAAUAAAUAAACAUGUAAUCAGGGGGUAGUUCUGCUGGGGUUAUACUGCUUUUUAGCUAAGGAUGCUGCAUGUGUUCAGUCAGUGUUCAAGCGUAAAGGCGUAAAAUGUGAAGCAAUAUCGUUAGCCUGAUGCGUGACAGUGUGGAGUUACGCAAGCUGGUCACUUUAAGUCCUGCCAUCUUCACUAUUUACACGUUACGUGCAUGUUUCGGCUUUGACCAGCUUGCGUAGCUGCCACGUCGUCACACCUCAAGCACAACCCCAAGCCUUACACCUUCACAACACAAACAAUCCUCCACACCUCUACAGAGUUUGCCCUCAUUUUUCACUCAUUCUGACUCAACAUGUUUGUUCAGUGUGCAUGUUACACAUGGGAAAAUAAAACCUAAUUAA